ACGGUAACGUCACAAUCAGCUCAUCGAUUGGCACAAUAAACCGAACAUGCUGUGGCUCGACAAAACUACAAUUAAGUAGUUAUACACCUGAAUAAAGACAAUGGCUUCAGCAGAACCCAAAAUUAUUCUAGUGUUCAGUGGGAAACGCAAAUCCGGCAAAGAUUAUGUGACGGAUUUCAUUCUGAAAAGGCUAGGGUCGGAGAUCUGCUGCAUCCUGCGUCUCUCUGGCCCGCUGAAAAAGCAGUACGCUCAGGACCACGGACUGGACUACAGCGAGCUGCUGGCCGCAGGGGGCUACAAGGAGACACACCGCGCUGACAUGAUCGCCUGGGGCGAGCAGCAGAGGCGCCAAGACCCGGGCUUCUUCUGUCGCCUAGCAACAGAGGCAGCCCAGCAGCCCGUCUGGAUUGUGAGUGACGCGCGGCGGCGUUCGGACCUGCGGUGGUUCCAGACAGAGUAUCCGAGUCAGACGCGCUGCGUUAGGGUCCAGGCUUCAGAGGAAACACGAGCGGACCGCGGCUGGCGCUUCACAGCAGGGAUAGAUGAUGCAGAGUCAGAGUGUGGAUUGGACGGGGAGCAGUUCGACUGGAUCAUCACCAAUGAGGCAGAGGCUCCAGCCUUAGAAGAGCAGCUUGAGAACAUUUUACAACUCGCCUCACAUGCAGCAGGACCGCACAACUCCUGAAGCCUCCGUCAGAAACGUCCAGCCCACCACAGCCGCAGAAGACACUGUUGAAAACAUUCGGCUGCGUUGCACAAAUGCUUCGUCAGAACCUUUGUGCCUUCUUUUAGCCCUCCAGUUCCUUGAGCAUGACAAGACAAUAAUAGUCCUAACUGGACAUCGAGUGCCUGAAACCUUUCCGUCACUUUAUAAUGCAAAGAAUAAAGUUUCCUUCAUAAGGUUUAUUUACCCAGAA